AUGCUGGAUCCACUCGUUGAAUACCAAAAAUUUGCAGGUGACCAACCACCGGGUGGUCUUGCUGUUGCCGCAACACCCCAGUUCGUUGUGCUUACAUUCGACGAUGCGAUCAAUGGGCAAAGUGAGCCGAUUUACCGCGAAUUACUAGAAACAUAUAAUUUCCGAAAUUCAAACGGAUGUCCCAUCCAGGCUACUAUCUUCGUUUCGCACGAAUGGACAAACUAUGAUGCCGUCGAACGAUUUUAUCGCCAAGGGCAUGAAAUUGCAUCCAAUUCAAUAACGUAA